CAACACUCUCACCCACACACGCAUACACUCCUCAAGAUUUGAAGUUAGUGAAGCAUGGUUUGGCUGCAAGCGAGAAAGCACAAGAAAGGAACCAAAGAAUCGACGAAGAGGUUCUGAGUUGAGAAAGGAAUGGCGAGGGGAAGCCAUGGGAAGAACACUGGUGCUUUCUUUGUGGCCACUCUGCUUCUGUGGUUCGUCUCUGUUUUUUUCGAAAUCAUCUUCAAUAAGAGAACAGAACUUGUCUAUGUGCUUGCUGGUUGCUGUUUCUAUCAAAUUGCCAACUGGGUCAUCCGAUUUUCCGUGUUUCGGGAUCCUCUCUUUGUCAACACCAGCGUCUCUUUGCUCCAUUCGUUCAUUACUUCUCUUUCAGUCAUUCUCAUCCUGGUUAAUCAGUGGGCAACAAAGGGUCUUGGUAGGAUGUUUGACCAUGCUCAGUUGUUUGGUGGGACGUGGCCUGGCGCAUACCUGGCUUUGUGCUUCUCCUGUGGUUACUUUGCAUAUGACCAGUGGGAUAUGCUCCGGUUCCGACUGUACAGUGGAUUGAUCCCUUCAAUCCUUGUACACCAUCUGAUACUUCUGGUUUGCUUCACACUUGCAUUGUAUCGAAAAGUCACUGUGAACUAUCUUAUUCUCACCCUUAUUUGUGAGUUGCAUUCAAUAUUUCUACAUGUGAGGAAAGUGCGGCGAAUGGCCGGAGUACGGGACAAAAACAACAAAUUUGUAAGAGCAGAAUGGGCACUCAACUGGAUGACCUUCUUCCUAGCGCGGGUCACUUCACACAUUCUCAUCACAAUCAAGCUCAUUAGAGAUGCUUCCAAGUUUGGGAAGGGUGUAGAACUCCCACUAGCCCUUUUUGGGAUGGCGGGAAUGAAUUUGCUCAAUGUCUUUCUUGGCCUUGAUCUCUUUAAAGCUUAUAGGAGAGAUAAGAAUCAAAACCCUAGACAUCAAGAAUGAAGAGGGGGGGG